GCAAUCUUAUUAUCAAACACUUUUUCAGUUCUUCUGAUAUAUACCACUAACAGGUCUUUUAAAGGUUAUUGACAGAAUUCAUAAUCGCUAAACUUUUCGAUUCUAUUCAUUUCUUCCCCACAACAUAAAGAUCGGAACUGAAAAAUUUUUCAGCCUAAAAGAGAAUGCUUUCUACCAGUACCAAGUUGUCCAGUAGAACAGCCUUAAACGUGGCACGUAGGGCCCUUGUGUCCUCCAGUGUACGUUCCAUUGUGAAUACCACUAAGAAAAAUGCCACCAUGGGUGCUACCACCACUGUGUCUUCUGGAAGAAGACCAACCCCAUCUCCAGCUUUCAACCAACAGUCUUCUCAAACUGAAACUGUCAAGGAAGAAAUCCAUAACAUCGAUUCAAAUGAAAUUAUAAUGGAUGACUCCUUUAUAGGCUUAACCGGUGGUGAAAUCUUCCAUGAAAUGAUGCUUAGACAUAACGUUGAUACCGUCUUUGGAUAUGCUGGUGGUGCUAUUUUACCAGUCUUCGAUGCCAUUUAUAACUCGGACAAGUUCAAGUUUGUCUUGCCCAGACAUGAGCAAGGUGCUGGUCACAUGGCUGAAGGUUAUGCCAGAGCAGCAGGUAAACCAGGUGUUGUUUUGGUUACAUCUGGUCCAGGUGCUACCAAUGUCAUCACUCCAAUGGCCGAUGCCAUGGCUGAUGGUGUCCCACUUGUUGUAUUUACUGGACAAGUGCCAACCACCGCCAUCGGUACCGAUGCUUUCCAAGAAGCUGACGUUAUCGGUAUUUCUCGUCCUUGUACCAAAUGGAAUGUCAUGGUGAAGAACGUUGCUGAAUUACCUCGUAGAAUCAAUGAAGCUUUUGAAAUCGCCACCACUGGUCGUCCAGGUCCAGUUCUUGUGGAUUUACCAAAAGAUGUCACUGCUGCUGUCUUGCGUCACUCUAUCCCAAUUAGAACCACAUUACCUUCUAAUGCAUUGAAGGAAAUUACCAAGGCUGCCACCACCCAAUUUACAACUGAAGCUAUCAAGAGAUCAGCAAAGUUGCUCAACCAAGCCAAGAAGCCAAUCAUUUACGCCGGUGCCGGUCUUCUUAACCAUGAAGACGGUUCAAAGUUGUUGAAGGAAUUGGCUGACAAGGCCAUGAUACCCGUCACCACCACCAUUCAAGCAUUGGGUGCUUUCGAUCAAAGAGAUCCAAAGUCCUUGGAUAUGUUGGGUAUGCACGGUAAUGCCGCCGCAAACACUGCCAUGCAAAGAGCUGAUCUUAUCAUUGCUCUUGGUGCUAGAUUCGAUGACAGAGUCACCGGUAACGUUUCCAAGUUUGCUCCUGCUGCUAAGCUUGCAGCUUCUCAAGGUACUGGUGGUAUCAUUCAUUUCGAAAUCUCUCCAAAGAACAUUAAUAAGGUUGUUGAAGCUACCGAAGCUGUGGAAGGUGAUGUGACUUCUAACCUUGCUGAAUUCAUCCCAUUGGUUGAACAAGUUUCUGAACGUCCUGAAUGGAUGGCUCAAGUUCAAGAAUGGAAGGAAAAGUACCCAUACUCUUACCAACUCGAAACUCCAGGCUCUCUUAUCAAGCCACAAACUCUUAUCAAAGAAAUUUCUGAACAAUCAUCCACCUACGGUAAGGAAGUUAUUGUUACCACUGGUGUUGGUCAACAUCAAAUGUGGGCCGCUCAACACUUCACUUGGACUCAACCAAGAACCAUGAUUACUUCUGGUGGUCUUGGAACUAUGGGUUUCGGGUUGCCAGCCGCUAUUGGUGCCCAAGUCGCCAAGCCUGAUGCCAUUGUCAUUGACAUUGAUGGUGAUGCUUCUUUCAACAUGACCCUUAUGGAAUUAUCUUCUGCUGUGCAAGCUGGUGCUCCAGUCAAGAUCUGUGUCCUUAAUAACGAAGAACAAGGUAUGGUCACUCAAUGGCAAUCUCUUUUCUACGAACAUCGUUACUCUCACACCCAUCAAUCUAACCCUAACUUCAUGAAGCUUGCUGAAGCCAUGGGUGUUACUGGUAUCAAAAUCUCUACCCAAGAAGAAAUGAAGGCUGGUGUGAAGGCAUUCUUGGACUGUAAGACUCCAGUUUUGCUUGAAGUCAUUGUUGAAAAGAAGGUUCCUGUCUUGCCUAUGGUUCCAGGUGGUAACGCCUUGGAUGAUUUUAUUGUCUUUGAUGAAGAAGUUGAAAGACAACAAAAAGUAUUGAGAAAUGAAAGAACUGGAGGAAAGCAUUAAGCUACGGGUUACUUUUAGAAGACUCUCUACAAUCCUCUUUCAUAUAUACAUCAGCAUCGAU